UCUCGCUAGGACGUGACUUAGCGAGUUGUUUGACAUCAGCACAAGAAAAACAUUACGUGGCCCAGAUAACAACUUCAUAUUAAUUCCAACACUAAAGAAAUAAUGUAACGUAAACUGAGACUGGUAAGAUGAAGCGACUGCAAAUAUGCCAAGGGAUAUUUGUGACGUUAUUAAUGUGUACGACCUUGGCACACUCCGUGGAUGACCUAGAUCCCACAGUUUCUGAUAAAGUUAGUGAUAUCAGUGACCUCAGCACAGAAGAUCCAACAAGUCCAACUGAUGAGACAGAAGAAGUAACUGAAAUAACAGAUCAUGCAGGUGACACUGAAGAGAUUAAGAGUGAAAAAGACCAUUCUGAACCAAAAAAGGAGUUGACCGCAAAUGAAAUAAGAGGUGAGACAAUAUCAAGGAGCUCCCAUUAUGCAGUCUUUACUGGCAAUGAAUUAUAUGAAGCUGCAUUGAGCCUCAUGAACCAGACAAAACAAGAUGAGCAAGAAGCAUACACCCUUCUACAGUCAGCAGCAGAGUUGGGCCACGUUGAAUCUCUACAAAAAGUGGCAUGGGCACGCCUUCUUGGUAGGCACCUCAAACCAAAUAUCACACAAGCUGCUGAAAUGUUUGAAUACUUAGCUCAACAAGGGAAUGUGGAUGCUCAAAUGGGUUUGGGAUUCAUGUUUGCUACAGGCAUUGGGAAAAACUCCAGUCAAGCAAAAGCAUUGAUACAUUAUACUUUUGGUGCUCUUGGUGGCAGUCAGCUGGCACAGAUGGCAUUGGCAUACAGAUACUGGUCAGGCAUCAGUGUGGCUUCCAGCUGUGAAACGGCUCUUACCCACUACAGGAAGGUUUCCCAUACAGUGGCAGAUGAAGUAUCACUGACGGGUAAUCGAGCAGUGCAGCGAGUUCGCCUCCUUGAUGAAGUGGACAGUCCUGGGUCAUCACCAGCACUACUUGAUGAUGACCUUAUACAGUACUACCAGUUCCUUGCUGAGAAAGGAGAUGUUCAGGCUCAGGUUGGACUUGGGCAGCUGCACUACCAGGGAGGACGAGGAGUGGAGCAAGACCACCAACGUGCCCUCAACUAUUUUGUUCAGGCUGCAGAAGCAGGAAAUACCAAUGCUAUGGCAUUUCUUGGCAAGAUGUACCUGGAGGGAAGCUCAGUGGUGAAGCAGAGCAAUGAGACUGCCCUUAAAUACUUCAAACGUGCUGCAGAUCAGAACAAUGCAGUUGGUCAGAGCGGCUUAGGCCUAUUAUACUUGCAUGGUCGUGGAGUACCCCAGGACUACAAGUUGGCUUUUAAGUACUUCACACAGGCUGCUGAACAAGGAUGGGUAGACGGACAACUCCAACUUGGCAACAUGUACUUCAGUGGAUUAGGUGUACGAAGGGACUACAAAAUGGCAAUCAAAUACUUUAAUCUGGCAUCUCAGUCAGGUCAUGUUUUGGCCUUUUACAACCUUGCACAGAUGCAGGCUUCAGGCACUGGGAUGGUGAGAUCUUGCCACACCAGUGUUGAGUUGUUCAAGAAUGUGGCAGAACGAGGACGUUGGGGAGAGAUGCUGAUGGAAGCUCAUACGGCCUAUUGGGAUUCACGACAUACACAAGCUCUAGUGACCUAUAUGUUGCUAGCAGAACUAGGUUAUGAAGUGGCUCAAAGUAAUGCUGCUUUUAUUCUCGAUCGACAUGAAACAGAGCUUUUUAAACAAGGUGAAGGUUUUGCAAGAGCACUGAUGUAUUGGGGCCGAGCUGCUUCACAAGGCUAUGCUGUAGCCCGGGUGAAGCUGGGAGACUACCAUUACUAUGGCUAUGGAACCUCAGUUGAUUAUGAAACAGCUGCUGCACACUACAGGCUGGCUUCUGAACAACAACACAAUGCUCAGGCCAUGUUCAACUUGGGAUAUAUGCAUGAACAAGGUUUAGGACUCAAACAGGAUAUGCACCUAGCCAAGCGGUUCUAUGACAUGGCUGCAGAAGCCAGUGCUGAUGCCCAGGUGCCUGUAGCAUUAGCCCUAGCUAAGCUGGCAUUUCUCUUUUCCUUCAAGUAUUUUGAGGAUUUUCAGUGGUUGGAUAUAGAUGAGAAUAACAUAGAGGAAAUACUUGGCCCAGAUUGGGACAUCUACCUCAUGGCAGUCCUCUCAGUCAUCAUUGCCACCCUCAUACUCUUCAGAAGACCUCCACCUCCUAUGGCUGUGUGAAAUUUAGAAUUAUUAAAUUGUUAUAAGGCUGUUAGAUACAGAGAAGUUAAGAGUAAAGAAAGACAUGGCAGUGAAUAGGAUAUCCAGGUUAUAUGACAUUUUUAUGAAUUAUGGAAUUCUCUUAUAUCUUCUCAAAAUGGGAAAGUUCAGUUAACAACCUUACAAGAUACAGCUUUUAGGCAGAUGAAUAUGAUGCCUUACUGCAAUAUUUGGAGUGUAGUGGUUGUGUGGUAAGUGAAGAUAAUUUUAAUCUCCACAGUGAUAUUACUUUAAAAAAUGAAAACACUAAAGACAGAAGGUACAGUAUAUUCACAACCAAUGCUUGUUGUUCCACACCUGAGAAAGAUUAAUCUGUACAGCUGAGGGAAUACAGUCAGGUCAUAAAUCAUCAAUCUGAUGUGGUCUGUAUUCUGGUUACAUAUUAAUUUUAAUGUUUUGGGUAAUUUAUUUGUGAUCCUUAAACGUUGCAUAAAAGUACUACUUUCAUAAUGAUGUAAAUUUCCUUUUGUUUUCUUUGUAUAACUUCUUUCUGCAAGAAGAACAAGAUGAAACUAUUGUUUGUUCUGCCAUUUGUUUCUUGCUAUCCCACAGGUGAAAAGUCUCUCUCUCUCUCAUAUAUAUAUAUAUAUAUAUAUAUAUA